AUGGAUGAAAAGGGCACCAUGGGACAGGGCAGACCGUUGCCAGCUCCCCUUCCUGACCUGGAAAAUUAUGUUGUUGAUUUUGACGGAGAUGACGAUCCAUCGCAUCCCUACAACUGGCCGUUUACUGUCAAGAUUUAUACUGGUGUGUUGGUCUGCUCAGGGACGUUCAUAACCUCGUUAGCUAGCGCCAUCUUCGCCCCAGGGUCCGAUAGCGCGAGCAAGGAAUUCGGCGUUGGAGCCGAAGUCGGAAAGUUGGGUACAACACUCUAUGUUCUGGGGUUUGCUUCGGGACCAGUGAUAUGGGCUCCAGCUUCUGAACUUUACGGAAGGAAGUUGCCCUUGGCUAUCGCACUGCUCGCCGGUGGAAUAUUCACCAUCGGAUCAGCCGUCGCUAAGGAUAUCCAAACACUUCUCAUCUGCCGUUUCUUUGCCGGUAUGUGUGGUGCGAGUCAACUUACCGUUGUUCCGGGAGUAUUGGCAGACAUAUACGACAAUACUCGACGAGGUAUUGCUAUCUCACUUUAUGCUUUGACUGUAUUUGUCGGCCCGUUUAGUGCGCCUUUCAUCGGUGGAUUUCUUGCGACAAGUUACCUGGGAUGGCGCUGGACUCUUUACAUUCCAGCCAUCGUCAGUCUUUUUGCAGGUGCACUGUCGGUUGUGUUUCUGCGUGAAACAUAUGCACCGGUACUUCUUAUGACGAAGGCUGCAGAAAUGCGGCGUCAAACGAAUAUCUGGGGGAUCCAUGCGAAACAGGAAAGGAUGGAAGUGAAUUUGGGAGAAAUGGCGAAGAAAUAUUUCACUCGCCCGCUGACAAUGCUUUUGACCGAACCAAUCAUUUUACUCGUUUCGCUUUACAUGUCCUUUAUCUACGGACUUGUUUACGCGUUGCUGGAGGCAUAUCCGUAUGUAUUUGAAAAUGUGUAUGGGAUGAAGCCCGGAAUUAGUGGGUUGCCUUUCAUCGGCCUGAUUGUCGGAAUACUUCUGGCACUGGCAUUUAUAUUGCUGGAACAUGGCAGCUAUGCAAAGAAGUUGAUAGCAAACAAAGGUGUACCUGUGCCUGAAUGGCGUCUCGUCCCUCCGCUUAUUGGGGCACCCGUGUUUACAAUCGGAAUAUUCUGGUAA